CCUAGACAUACUCACUCAUCAUGUCGGCACUUCCAAAGCAUGCACAGGCGUUCAGGGUUGUUCACACAUUUCAACUCCAUGUUUGGCAGCCGGCGGGCGUCUCUGACUCGUGCCUAGAGCCCCGAUUUUGCCAUAAGCGACAGCGCAUAGCAAGUAGCGUUACGAAGGCGCCUCUACAACAUGGGCGUUGCGACCGCCGGGGCGAGGAGGAGCGCGACGAGGGACCCCGAGAGGACAAGGCGGCGCGCCAGCGCCGGAAGCUGAUGGAGCAGCACGACAUGGAGAUGCAGAAGCUGGACGAAGAGCUAGCGGCAGUAGCGGCGGCGAGGAGACAGGCACUGAAGCGGAAGCACGCGGAAGACCUGAGGACGCUGGCUGAGCAGGAGGCGGGGAGAGGUUCCCAGGAGAUGGUCCCAGCAGCAGCGGCAGAGAUGGAGAACGCGGCGGCGGCGGAGGGGGAGGACAUGGACGAUGCAGGAGGCGUGCCGCCGGCAGCCGUGGUGGCGCCGGCCGCAGCUGUGGUGGCGCCGGCCGCAGCCGUGGUGGCUCCGGGCGCAGUGCGGGUUGGGGCCGCAGCAGGCCGGGUGGCUGUGGUGGCGGCUGUGCCGCCCGCGGCGGGACCGGGGGUGGCGGCGGCCGUGCCCGCCGCUAUGCCCGGAGGCGGCGGCAACCCCGCCGCUGCUGUGCCAUUGCUGCAGCAACAGGUGCAGGCGGAGGCGGCGGAGCAGGGGAUGGAGGAGCCCCACCACCACCAGCACCACCAGCAACAGCAGCACCACCAGCAGCAGCAACAGCCGUCAGACUCGGCGGUGGAGCAACAGCUGCACCAGCCGUAGCCGCACGGCAGGCGCAGGCGUCCGUUAACUCAAAUGACACGGCGUCAGGCAGCGGACACGCGUCCAACACGGCGCCGGCCGCUGUUGCCGCAGGCAAGUAGGAGGGGGACGGGGCCGCCGUGGAGGCUGCGCCGUGGGGCUGCCAGGUGGGCAGCAACAGCGGCAGCAGCAGUAGCGGGAUGUCAUGUGGAGCCAGGGCGGCGGCGGCUGUGAGCCGCAGGCAAGGCAAGGGCUGUAUGGACCGGGCCCCUUGGCUCGAAACGAUGCGACACAGCUGCAGAUGCGGCCGCAGUUACUCCAGCUAUGUUGUUUUUUAAGCAAGUGGAUGUCGGCUUGGUAAGCUGCAAGCGUGCAAUGCUGCCGCUGGCCCGACGUGGGUUUGCCUGCAUCGAGGGCGUUGCUCUGUGCUGAGCGCUGCAAGAGUAGCAGCGCGCAUCGAUUGACUGACUGGCUAGACGAAGAGCCAUUGAAAGGUUGCAAACUAUUGGGGAGGCCGCGUGUGGGUUGAGGUCCAACAAUCAUUGGAGUCGGUGCGCUUCUGUUGUUGCGCUGCGUGUGCAACUGGUAUAAGCUAGCUAUGAGGCUCGCUCAUGAAGGA